UCCUGUGUAUCGUUAUGUUCUGGUUCUGAAAAACCCUACACUACACAUUAACAUUCUCUGCAUCGCAAAUUGUAAACAUUGAAUCAUGCCUGGGAAGAAUCGUAAGAAGAAGGACAAUGACCCUUUCUUCGGUAACGAUUCCCGGAAACGCCGCAAACCCAACGACCAAGUUGACGGCGACGGUGGCGGCGCCGACGACGAAGAGAUAGAAAGCGACUUCGACGAAGACGGAUUCUUUGCCGGCGACGGCGAAGAGGAAUCCGAGGAAGAAACAGGGGCAGAAGCGAGGAAGAGAAUCGCACAGGACUAUUUGCAAAGGGUUCGGCAAAUCGCGCAGAAAGAAAAGGAACGAGAACAAGAUGAAGAAGGAGAAGGAGAAGAAGAAGAAGAAGAAGAGGAAGGAGCAAGAGACUCACUCGUAGCUGAGAAAUUGAUAAAGGAACAGCAAGAAGAGAGUGGACGCGUUAGGAGAGCCAUUGCUUCAAGUGUGGAAGUUGGUGGUGAAUUUGGAGUGUUGGUGAAGCACCGGCAUAGUGUCACUGCUGUGGCUUUGUCUGAGGAUGAUUUGAAGGGCUUUUCGGCUUCCAAAGAUGGAAGCAUUAUGCAAUGGGAUGUGAAUAGUGGGAAAUGUGAGAGAUAUAAGUGGCCCUCUGAUUCUGUGCUGAGGUCUCAUGGUUUGAAGGAUCCUCAAGGUUCAGCUACAAGGCAAAGUAAACAUGUAUUGGCCUUGUCUGUGAGUUCUGAUGGUCGUUAUUUGUCAACUGGGGGCCUCGACCGCCAUGUUCAUAUAUGGGAUACGCGAACCAGAGAGCAUCUUCAGGCUUUUCCAGGUCAUAGAGGCCCUGUCUCUUGUCUGACUUUUAGGCAAGGAACUUCAGAGCUUUUUUCUGGUUCAUUUGAUCGAACAAUUAAGAUAUGGAAUGUUGAAGACAGAACAUACAUGAAUACUCUAUUUGGCCACCAAAGUGAAGUAUUAAGUAUUGAUUGCUUACGCAAAGAAAGGGUACUAACCGCCGGACGUGAUCGUAGCAUGCAGUUGUUUAAGGUUCAUGAAGAAUCACGUCUUGUAUUUCGCGCUCCUGCAUCUUCCUUAGAAUGCUGUUGUUUUGUUAAUAAUGAAGAACUCUUGUCUGGUUCGGAUGAUGGAAGCAUUCAGCUUUGGACUGUGAUGCGAAAGAAGCCUGUUUACAUUUUGAGGAAUGCUCAUUCCUUACUGACAGAUAGCAUAAAAUCUGACCAAAAUGAUAGUGCAAGACACCCGAACGGUAACUUAGAAAAUGGUUACCACGAGAAUCAUCAUCGUUCGUCAGUAUUAUCUUGGGUCAGUGCAGUCACUGUCUGUAGAAACAGUGACCUUGCUGCAUCUGGGGCUGGUAAUGGUUCUGUUCGAUUAUGGGCAGUUCAAAGUGAGACCAAGGACGUUAAAUCUCUUUAUAAUGUGCCAUUGGUUGGGUUUGUGAAUUCCCUGGCUUUUGCAAAAUCAGCAAAAUUCCUAGUUGCUGGAGUUGGGCAGGAACCUCGUCUAGGAAGGUGGGGACGUACCCCUGAAGCUCGGAACGGAGUUUCCAUUCUUCCUCUUAAGUUAUGAGAUGAUGAGGCAAUGAGAUUGUACCUCCUCAAUUUUGACUAAAUACAAAAUGCAACAGAGUUGAAAGAUGUCUGUCCGUGAUCUUUUAUUAUAUGUAUUAAUAAAAUUAAUUUUUUUUACCUUCUAAUAGAUAUCUUCAGUUUAGUUUCCGUUUGUAUUUUGAAAUCCCGAAAUGUGAUUCCUACUUUGGAAAAGGCACUAAAGAGUACGUAAAGGGGAUAGGGACCCAAGCUGAAAUUUUUUGGGUAAAACCACUCAAUUGAGCCACAUGAACAUGUCAAGGUGACGUGGUUCUCCGGUGGAAGUAAUCGUGGGAAUGGCACAACCUCUUGUAUUUUUUA